GGUAUCAGGAGUUAUUUAGUUCCUAUAAUUUGAACGUGGCAACCAAUGAGCAUAUUUUCUUCAUUUUUAGAUGUAUUGAUUGAAACCUCUUUGCGGACAGAGUAUUACUAUUACAAUGGCACGAACUGGGGAGAGCCAUCCAAAAGAAGGUGAGAAUCAGAUGUUAAGCACGAGAAAAAAGAGAUGUCAUUUUUGCCUUUUAACUUGUGGUGUAGUUUGGAAGCAUGGUGCUGAUAAGGAAGGUGAAUAACUCAAGGGCACUUCCACCACGAAUCGAUAUCUUGCGGUGGCAGAGUGACUCCCUUCCUUGGAACUCUCUUGUUUAGGAGUGAAUUUGCGUUAGAUAUUUUCAUCCUAACCGUUGAGUAACGAUAUCAUGAAGAUUUGUAUAUCGUACAUCCAUCACUAGGUAAAGCUUGUGGACUAAACAAUGGUGUGACUAUUUCUUCUCUUAUGAUAUCGUUAUCUACAAAAAAAUUAGGUCCAGAAAGGACAACAUCUCCCCUAUUACUUUUCCUUUAUACAAUUAUCCUGUAAAUCAUUACUUUUAGUUUUAGCUAGAAGCAGAAUUAUCUUGUUUGCUAUCCUUCCCAUAACAUUCACUAAGCCACUUUUCUUCAUUGAAGUUGGCCAGCCUUAUCUUCCAGUCCUUGUGAGGUCCGGCAUCGAGCCCGACUUUUUUGAAGUUGAUCUUUCACUGUUCAUGUUAGUCUUGACGUGUUUUGUUUGUCUGCGCCUUUAACGAUUGUUGAUGGUUUAGCAACAAGAACCGUGUAGAAUUUCAUUUCAUAUUUGCUAUACUAAUUCAAGUGUAAUAUGGUCCGUUGAUCAGGAGCAGAACGAGGCGUCACUCAGCAUUGGCUAUGGGAUUGUUAAGGGUUUAAAGAUCCGACAGGAAUCGAUCUCGAUUCUCUCCCCUCAUUUACUCGGAGAACUUCAGUUCAAAGCCGCUUUAAGAACUGCCACCGCACGUAGCACCAGGUAGGAGGAACUCACUGACCAACAUUAUUUACGACUGAGAAGCGGUUUAGAAAAUUUUUAAAUGCGUGAGAAUUUAUUACAUAGUUUUCUAUUUUUCGAACUUAAGCGUUAACUAUAUUCUACUCUUAUCCCCUUCCUCUUCCUUUUCCACUUUUUAUUCCAUUUUAAUUUAUUUAGAUACAGCGAUAACUCACUUUGUGUUCAGUUUAUUCAGAGACAUAAAUAAUAGCUUCUAAAAUUCCUACAAAAAAAUAGACUAGAACAAUGACAUCAUUAAAACCCUUUCUACGAAGGCGGUGGGGAAGUGAUAUUUCUAGGGCUCGUCUCCGGCGGUCGUUUGUCGUUGGGUUUAUUGGCAUGCUUUUCAUAGUCCUUUGGCUAUUUUACGUUGGUGAUUCGAACCAGAUCUCUUUUGAACCCUCCGUGCUUUUGAAAAACGAAAUUCAAGAAAUAUUUGUUCGAACCACAGGGCCUCGCGUCGUCAUCUUCGUUAUGAGUGAUAAAAUUGAUGAUACCCUUUGCUACUCAGUGGGCUCAGCCUACCUAAGCGGGUUUCCCGUGGUGGUAUCUGGCUACCAAAUGGAAUACAAAGGGUUUCUAUCCAAGUUCGAUUUCAUGGAUAGGGCCAUCAGAAAUGCGCAUCUGAAUCCGGAAGAUAUCGCCAUUUUAAUGGAUUCCGACACGGUUUUUACGGGUGUGGACAUUCAUCCAUUCCUCGAUCGUUUCAUUUCGCAGUCCGCCGAAACACCGGAGGAGUUGGACGCGCUGGCUGUGCGACAGGGCCGUGGGAUGGCACCGAUCGUAGUUAGCGCUGAGGCUGGCUGUUGGACACCGAACAUAUUCAAAGAUGGGCCUGAUUGCAUCACUGGAUUUGACACGGUUUAUGAAAAAGUUCAGAAGUAUACCACUGCACACCUAGAGCAUAAGCUCGUCUCGUCUUUUGAUUUAUCAUCUCAACGGUAUCUCAACGCUGGCAUUGUGAUUGCGCGUGUGUGGGCGUACAGGGAGUUAGUGCAGAAGGCGCUUAAUUUAACCAAAACACAACCUGCAAAACAUAAGCCCGAAAAUGGAUGGCACUGUGAUCAGUCUAUUUUAGCAGCGCUGUACCUGGAUCUCUUAACCUGGGAGGCCGAACGGAAUGUUUUUUCGAUGCAAUUGCAUGAGCGCCAGGCGGCACGGUCCACUUACGGUGUGCGUGCAGGUUUCAUGAGUUUAGAUUAUGCCAAUGAGCUUUCAGCUCCUCGCACGAUGGUUUUAAUGCACCUAACUGAAAUGCACGAUAAACACUGGGCGAAAUAUUUGCCACUGUAUGAAAUUGGGCACCCACACUCAGAAAAGAUAAACGAUUUCAAGGUGGUAGCUCAGUUUGUGAGUAACCUUUACAAGCGAGCGUACGCCGCACACGGUGGGGAGAUUUACACGAGGCUUGCCGUGCCCAAGUGGGUGGACGGAAAAAAGACUUAUACGGAGACCUUUAUCAGUCUCACACCACCUCUUUUGGCAACCGAGCUUAGGUCCAUAGAUGUAAGUAACAACAACGUGCGUCGUACGUUCCCAGUGAUUUAUCAUGCGGCAGGUGUUGAGGCAGGCUACACGAAGGUGGGUAAGUUGGAGCAUGGCGCUGUAGGUGCACAGUGGCUUGUGCCGAUGGUGCACAACCCCAAGAUGGAAAAGAAUACUAUGGAAUACCUGGCAUCCAUGCCGUUGUUUCUAUCGACACAUAACUUUAUUAUUCGGGAUUCUUAUCAUGCUAAAUGCGGCUUCCCAUUUAGAGGAACUAUUGAAAGGGCUCUAAGUGUCUGA